UCCUUUUCCUAGUCAUCGGCGUUUUACAUGCCCAAACCUACUCGACGUUUUCGUUUCCCACCUAUAUAAGCGUCGCUACCACCGGCGAAUUUUACCAGAAGAGGAUUCACGGAAUUGACGAGUGGACGCGCCUACUUGUCAGCGUCCUGCUAUAAUUAGUUCGAUUUAAUUUUUUUAUUGACCCCUGGAGGAGAGGCUGUACGAUGCGGUGGCAUAAGCUGCAGGUAGUGUCGACGUGCCUCCUGGUGCUUCUGUGUGGAGCGCUUGGCGAGCCCAUUCGAAAGAGAGAGGCACCGCUGGGGAUUGCGCCACCGCCGUUGCCAGAUGUUGGUGGAUUGAGCGGUACUUAUGGUGCUCCAACUGACUCUUAUAAUGCUCCAGCUCAGAAUUAUGGGCCACCAGCGCCAACUUACGGUGCACCAGCUCCAGCACCGGCUCCAGCACCAUCUUAUGGUCCUCCAGAGCCUGCAUAUGGUCCUCCACCUCCAGCGCCUGCGUAUGGUCCUCCAGCCCCAGCUCCUUCAUAUGGUCCUCCACCCCCAGCUCCUUCAUAUGGUCCUCCACCUCCAGCACCUGCCUAUGGUCCUCCACCUCCAGCUCCUUCGUAUGGUCCUCCACCUCCAGCCCCCUCCUACGGUCCUCCAGCCCCUUCAUAUGGUCCUCCAGCUCCAGCUCCUUCGUACGGCCCCCCUGCACCCUCUGGCUCAUGGCAGAAAAAAAUCACCUGGAAAGAGGAAUGGAAACAGAUCUGGGAGAAGAAGCUCCAGUGGAAGCAGAUCUGGAAAAAAGUGCAGACCCCAGCCUGGAAGGAAAUUAAAUCUCCAGCGUGGAAAGAAGUCAAAGAAGAGCAGUGGAAAAAGGUACAAAAACCUAUUUGGCAGAAGGUCAAAGUACCAAUAACCAAAGAAGUGCAAGUGCCAUCCUGGAAGCAGGUCUGGCGACCUGUUUGGACUCAGGUGCAGGUUCCAGUGACGCGUCAGGUGCAGGUGCCCGACUGGAAGAAAAUCUGGAUUCCAGUGUGGGUUGACGAUCACAGUCAGGCUCCUGCACCAGCAGACACCUACGGGCCUCCAGGAUUCGGUGGCUCUGGCGGACCCGGAGUGUCAGACACGUAUGGACCUCCAGCGAUUGGAGGCUUUGGAGGGCAUGGAGUGUCGGAUUCAUACGGACCCCCAGCAAGUGCUGGAGGACAUGGUAUCUCGGACUCAUAUGGUCCCCCAGAAGCUCCUGGACACGGAGGGGACGAUGGCUAUCACUACGGUCCACCAGCCGCACCCCAGAAGAAGCUCAUCUGGAAGGCCAGCUGGAAAAAAAUCUGGAGAACAGAGGACAAAACUGUCUGGGAUAAUCAGAAGAAAAUGGAGUGGAAGUCGGAGUGGAAGAAGGUCUGGUUAACUCAGAAAAAACAGGUCUGGGUGACUGACAAACGAUUGAGCUGGAAAGAGGAGGAUGUCAGGGUCUGGGUCCCCGUGAAAAAGCAGAUAUGGGUAAGUCAGAAGGUGAAAAUUUGGAAGGACGAGUGGAAGAGUGUCACUGUGCCUGUCUGGAAGCAGGUGCCUGCCUGGAAGAAAGUAUGGAAGCCCAUUGUGGAGAAAGUUUGGGUUGCCAGCCAGCCCCAUCACGAGGAGCACCCGGGGUAUCGUCGAUGAGAUAUCGUCACUGUGUUCUCCUCAUUCUCGAAUAAUUCAUCAAUGUGAAUAUAAUAUUUAAGAGAAUUUUGACUUUCCAAUUAUCCACGACUCUUGUAAAUAUAUCUCCCACUGUAACUGUUAAUUGUGUUACUUGUUUUUGUACGAAAAUAAAGAUAUUCUAGAAUUUUUUUAAUAAGA